UCCAAGGUGGUAACAGCCUUUGUCAGUAACCCAGCAACAGAACACCUCACCCAGCCUGUCAUCCUCACCUUCAGACAUCUACAGGUGAGGGCGGAGUCAGCGGAGAUGAACUAUACCUGUGUGUUCUGGUCGGAGGGGCGUGUCCAUGAAGAGGGAGGGGCGUGGUCAAGGAGUGGCUGUACCAAAGUCACGUCUAACGCUACACACACCGUGUGUUCCUGUUCCCACCUUAGCAGCUUUGCUGUUCUCAUGGCCCUCUACCCUGUAAAGAACACCUUUGAGCUGCGUCUGUUGACGUGGCUGGGUCUGUCGGUGUCUGUGGUGUGUCUGUUGCUGUGCAUCCUGACAUUCUGGCUGUGUCGGUCCAUCCAGGAGACACGCACCACCAUCCACCUCCACCUCUGUGUCUGCCUCUUCAUCGCUGACCUUGUCUUCCUCACCGGAAUCUCUCACACACAGAGCAUGGGAGGAUGUGGGUUUGUAGCAGGUCUCCUCCACCUGUUCUUCCUAGGAUCCUUCAGUUGGAUGUUGUUAGAGGGGGUUCAGCUCUAUCGCAUGGUGGUCCUGGUCUUCAAUACUACCAUAAGACCUCUGUACCUGCAUGCUGUGGGAUAUGGACUGCCACUGACUAUAGUCAUCAUCUCUGCUUUCACCUACCCAGAUGGAUACGGUACCACACAACAGGUGUUCACAGUGACAGCAGUGGCCCAGCUGUGUGUGUUGGGUACUAUGUGGAUAUUUGGAGUGUUCCAGUUCCAAGAGGAGGGGACAGUGGUCAUGACAUAUCUCUUCACUAUCCUCAACUCUCUACAGGGAGCCCUGCUGUUCAUCAUGCACUGCCUACUGAACAAAACGGUUAGAGAGGAGUAUGGCAAGCUCCUGUCCUGUAUCUGCACACCACUGAAGAAGAGAUACUCAGAGGUCAGCACUACCAACCCUUCUUCCAGCCACUCCCAGGGGUCAAGGAGCGCAGAGACCACGGGGGAGUCACAGAUAUGACGUCACCAAACCCCCAUAAUGCACCUCUUUACCCCUCCUCCCAUGACAAAGGUUCCCACUAGAUGUUCAAACUGUAAAGUCAAAAUGGGCAAUAUCGUAAACAUUUAUGAAAACAAAUAUUUGCGCUUAGCGGUGUGGUUAAGAUAUAUUGUACAAAUGGGAAAUGUUUCUGAUUUAGUAUCUUGGCCAGAUAGUGACACACCAGAAACAUUCAGCCCGAGUAUAGUACUGUUCAGACCAGGUUAGUAGAAAAUGUGUCCAACUAGCCCGCCGGAUAGUAAAAAUGGUAGUCCACUAGCCAGGUUGGCCAGUGCCCAGAAUCCUUCAAUUCCAUCCCUGAUUAGACACUUCAUAUCAAACUUGAUGUUAAUUAACCACUGUCUUAUCAAGCAUUAGGUUAUCCAGUCAGAAGGUAUGUGAACUUCAUGUCAUCCUAUAGGAAUCCAUAUGGUCUUUAUGUCAUCCAAUUAUAAGUUACGUGAUCUUCAUGUCAUCCAAUAGGAAUCCAUAUGGUCUUUAUGUCAUCCAAUCAGAAGUUACAUGAUCUUCAUGUCAUCCAAUAGCAAUGCUAUCCUCUUUAUGUAAUUUUUACAGACACAAAAGAUCGGUUCAACUUUACACAACUUCGUCAAAUAGACAGAUGAAACCAUACUUAUAAACAGAAGCUUUCUUCCUUUUCAUGAAUGUGAUAGAUUUAUAGUAAUAUUUAUUACCAAGAGCACAAGAUAUGGUGACUGUUCUACACAAUUAAAUCCAAAGGGAUUUAGAAAAACAUUAAGUGAAGAUUUGUGUUAGUUGUGAUCUAUUGGACUGUUAUACUGUUAUACUGUAAAUGUGUUAUUGAUCUUUAACCUCUAGCGACGAGCAAUCCGUAUCCGGGAGCGUAAUCAUAGCCUCAACCGCAUUACCAUAACGCAACUUUUCCUAC